GCUCUCUGGCUUGCCUGGCAAGCGCGGCGGAAGUCUCGCUUAAGAGCCGCCGCCGCCGCUGUUGCUGCUGUUGCCGCUGGCGGCGCGUCCCCGGAGGCGUCCCCGGAGCAGGGAGCAAAAAGAAAAAAGAGCGAAGCGCCCGGCGUCCGCUUGGAAAGGAGGAGCGGGAGGCUGCGCUAUCCGGGAACGCCGGCAACAAUUGCCGCCUGAGCAUGGCAGAAGGAGCCCGUUCCCUGCUGGGAGGCAGCCGCGGCUCCAGCCCUUCGUCCAGCCCGCUGAUGGCCAGAGGCGGCAAGAGCCGCUCGCUGCCCACGCCGUCGCCGUCGUCCUCUUCGACUUCGCUGCAGCAACACCACCAGCGCCAGCACCAGACGCCGCCUGCCUCCCCCAAGCAGCAGCCGCCCCCGCCGACGGCUCGAGGCAGCCCGCCCGGCCACGGCUUCAAGAGGGUCACCCUCACCAAGCCCACCUUCUGUCACUAUUGCACCGACUUCAUCUGGGGGUUGGCGGGCUACCUCUGCGAAGUUUGCAAUUUUAUGUCUCAUGAGAAGUGCCUGAAAUAUGUGAAGAUACCUUGCUCAUCUAUUGCUCCAAGUCUUGUAAGGGUUCCAGUUGCACAUUGUUUAGGACCCAUAGGACAUUACAAGAGAAAAUUCUGUUCUGUGUGCAGAAAGCAGUUGGAAAGUCCAGCAUUUCGCUGUGAAGUGUGUGAGAUACAUGUACACACAGACUGUGCCCCCUUUGCUUGCAGUGAUUGCCGUGAGUGCCAUCAAGAUGGUCAUCAAAAUCAUGAUAUGUACCAUCAUCACUGGAGGGAGGGAAACCUUUCAUCAGGCUCACGUUGCAAAGUUUGUAAGAAAACCUGUGGCUCUUCUGAUGUGCUCUCGGGUAUGAGAUGUGAAUGGUGUGGCAUCCUGGCUCAUGCCGCUUGCUGUGUGAUUGUGCCUCCUGAGUGUACAUUUGGAAGAUUAAGGAACAUGAUUCUCCCUCCCAGUUGUGUGCGAUUAUUUUGUCGGAACUUCAGUAAAAUGCACUGUUUCCGAAUAUCAGAAAGCAUACAAGCAGAGCCAGAUGAUGACGAUGAUGUUGAUAGUUCAACACAAUCAUCAGUAAAAGAAUCCCAAGUUUCAACAGAUUCGAGUAAACAAAUAUUAAAAAUAUAUGAUGGGAAUGAUGCAGUAAAACGUAAUCAGUAUCGUCUUAUCACAGUUCCAAGGAUUGCAAAAAAUGAAGAAGUUGUGGAGGCUGCACUGAGGGCAUACUACAUCAGUGAUGAUCAACAAGAUUACGAACUUCAGACAUUCACUCAGCAGGCCUUGUUUUGUGACGACAUCAUUAAUAGGAACGAUACAACUGAAGAGGCGCAGCCGGGGUCUGUGUUCCAAGAAGCCGUUCCUGAGGCGUGGGUUAUCAGAGCUAAACCUAAAGAGAAUGAAGUCAUAAAGAUUUAUCCCGGCUGGCUGAAGGUUGGAGUGGCCUGUGUCUCAAUACGGAUAAAUAAGGGGAGCACCACCGAAAUGGUGAUUAAAGAAGUUCUUCCACUACUUGGAUACCAGUCAGAUUGCUUCCAAAACUUCAAAUUGGUGGAGGUCCUGAUGGGCUCCAGACAAGUUCAGCGAAUGGUGCUGGAUGAUCAUGAAUCAAUUAUCGGCAGGUUACAAGACAUCAGAAAGACAUCUUUGCGGCAGAUGAACCAAACAAGAUUUUACAUUGUAGAAAAUAAUAUAUCGACUGUGCGUGUCCAUCUGUUUGUCGGUGGUCUGCCACUCCAUCUUACUUCAGAAGAAUAUACAAAAAUCCUCAAAGAUGAAUUAGCCAUCAAAACCAAUUUAGUUUCUAUGAAUCACAUAUAUUCAUCUCAAGGUGCUGUUGUGCUAGAAAUUACUUGUUUUUCCGAAGCUGAAAGACUGUAUAUGUUAGUUAAAGAUACUUUCAUCAGUGACAAGGCAUUAACUGCAGUUAUUCUCCCUGAAAUUCUGCAAAAUAAGCUUCCUCAGAACUGCUGUCCUUUGCUUGUAUUUGUGAAUCCCAAAAGCGGAGGUCUUAAAGGUCGGAAUUUGCUGUACAGUUUCCGAAAACUGUUGAAUCCUCAUCAGAUCUUUGAACUAACAAAUGGAGGUCCACUGCCUGGAUUUCAUACCUUCUCUCAAGUUCCAUAUUUCCGAAUAUUGGUAUGCGGUGGUGAUGGCACAGUUGGAUGGGUCCUUGGUGCCCUGGAAGAGAUCAGGCACAAACUCGCCUGCCCUGAACCAUCUGUGGCUAUUUUGCCUUUAGGAACAGGUAACGAUUUGGGGAGGGUCCUGCGCUGGGGUGCCGGCUACAGUGGCGAAGAUCCGUACUCCAUUCUGAUAUCCGUAGAUGAAGCUGACGAUGUGCUUAUGGAUCGUUGGAACAUCCUUUUAGAUGCUCAAGAGGCACUGGAAAGCUCAGAAAAUGGUGUGUUAGAGCCAGAACCUCCUAAGAUUGUACAGAUGAAUAAUUAUUGUGGCCUUGGAAUUGAUGCAGAGCUGAGUCUAGGUUUCCAUCAUGCUAGGGAAGAAGAGCCAGACAAAUUCAAUAGCAGGCUACACAACAAAGGAGUCUAUGUAAAAGUUGGGCUGCAGAAAAUGAGCCACACCAGGAGUCUUCAUAAAGAAAUCAAACUUCAGGUGGACCAGCAUGAAGUUGAGCUUCCAAGUAUAGAGGGUCUUAUUUUCAUCAAUAUUCCCAGUUGGGGAUCAGGUGCUGAUCUUUGGGGGUCUGAUAAUGACAAUCGGUUUGAGAAACCAAAAAUUGAUGAUGGCUUAUUAGAAGUAGUUGGUGUCACUGGAGUUGUUCACAUGGGUCAAGUUCAAGGAGGUCUCCGUUCUGGCAUCCGGAUAGCCCAAGGCUCCUACUUCCGGGUAACACUUCGGAAGCCAAUUCCUGUCCAAGUAGAUGGUGAGCCCUGGAUUCAGCCACCAGGUCAGAUAAUUAUUUCUGCAGCAGGACCAAAGGUCCAUAUGUUAAAGAAAUCAAAACAGAAACAGAAGAAAACUGGAAACAUAAAGGAUUCAAGAACCGAGAGCACAUUGGCUGAUGAAGCAGGGCACUGAUGAGAGAUACUCAUAGUUCAAAUGCUGCACAUCUACUGUAGAUGACACCUGUCUGGCAAAAUACUGUUGCAUAGUUCAGGUCGUUUAUGAGCCUGUCUUCUUGUUCCAUGUUCAUUGUUCAGUAACCAUGUAACUGACAUGAAAAUAUGAUUGUACACAGGAGUUGAUGGGAGGAGUUUGUAUUAGAGAGCCUUUGAAAAAAGUGCAUUCUUUCUCCUUUUCAGCCACUCUGUUGAAGGAUUUAAGCUAGUCCAGAGAAAAAUAAAUAACUUGGAUGAGAAUCAAAAAGAACCAAUAAUAUAAUUUGUGAACUAGUUCCUGAAGUAGGGUAGAUUUAAAAUGAUUUAAUCCAGGAAUGCAGUCCAGACUUUGUUCCACUGGGCCAGCUUUGUUACAAUUUUUUUUUCCUGGUCUACACAACAAGGGAUCCCAUUGCCCUCUCCUCUUCACCUGUGCAAUCCACAGCUUACCCAUACUUUUUUAAUCAAUAAUUUGUUAAACACGCAACAGAGCUCUCAUUGAAGAACUGGCAAAGAAGAAGUUUAAUAGGAUGCAGGAGAGGGAAAACUCUCCCCAAAAUGGCUAGCUGUGCUCUGUUUCGAGUUUUCAUCUAUGCACCACAAACACUUUCACUACACUACCACAGGAAACUUUUUGAGAUAAAAGAAAGCUCCUAUAAUUUUGACUCUUUUUUUUAUAGUUUACAGAUAUUUUUUAUAUAUAUAUAAAACCUUCAAGCUUUGGUUUUCUAAUGUAUCGCAUGGGUUUCUUUUCUCUAAUUCUGCUCUGUAAGUCAGUGUUCCUGAUUUCAUUCUCUAGCCUUCUCUUUCUGUCAGCAUUCAAACUGUUGCUGAAAUAUCAAACUCAGAAUGGGUACGAAGCACAAUGUAGUAAAUUAAUCUAUUUCAACCUUUGUUUGAUAAAUAAUUAAAUGAUCAUGCAGAAAAUGAAAUACACAUUGGUUUAUUUUCAGUUAAAAUACUUUUAACUUUUUUAAAAAACAAAUAAUAGAUUUUGUUCUCUGAAUGUGGUAAUUGUGCUGAUGGUGCCAAAUAUCCUAUAUAAAGACUUCCUUAUGAUUAAGAAUCUGAUUAUCUGCCAGUACGUAGACAUUUUUUGCUUGUUUUCAUGAUUAUCAUUUCGUGGUGUUAUUUUUCCUCUAUAACAAUCAUUCAUAAUUUUGGCUAUCAACUCACUACAGGUAGUCCUCGACUUACAACUACAAUUGAGCCCAAAAUUUCUGUUGCAAAGUGAGACAGUUGUUAAGUGAGUUUUGCCCCAUUUUACGACUUUCCUUGCCACAUUUGUUAAGUGAGGGGUCCUUGAUGCUCUCUGAGCUUGCUUGUUUUCUUGCAGGCAUUUCAUUACCCAGCUAGGUAACAUCAUCAGUGCUACCCUGAGCUACAAAUGUCAAUCCUGAGCUACAGAAAUUCUCCAUUGUUAGUUAUUAGUUGUUAAGUGAAUCAUUGCAGUUGUUAAAUUAGUGACACAGUUGUUAAAUGAAUCUGACUUCCCCCAUUGACUUGCUUGAUAGAAGGUCGUAAAAGUUGAUCACAUGACCUGGGACACACUGUAACUGUCAUAAAUAGGAGUCAGUUGCCAAAAUUCAGUGUCUGAAUUUUGAUCACGUGAACAUGGGGAUGUUCACAUCAAAAUGGGCAUAAGUCACUUCUUUCAAUUCCAUUGUAACUUCAAACAGUCACUAAAUGAACUGUUGUAAGUCGAGAACUACCUGUAUACCCUUCCCCCCCAAAUGAGUAGACUGGGUUCAUAGGCUAACAGAAGUUAUUUGGUUCCUUUGCCCCUUUUUGGUCUGGAUAUAACAGAAAUGAGGUUCAUUUUUAAUGAACUGCGACUUGCAGUUCAUUAAAAUUCAAGUUCAAUUUCUUCAAAAUUGAGAUAAGCUGUGGUUGACCACAAUGAAGGCUUGAAUUCAGUUCCAAAUUGCUGUUACUUCUAAGUUUCCAUUAAUUUAAAAAAAAAAACAGCAAAAAACAAUAGUGGCAUAAACCUCUGACUUCUUUGUGACCACACCAAAGUGAAAAAUAUUCUAUGUUAAGUCCAAGACUCAGAUGAUUAAAUGAUGGAGAAUAUGUGGCUCUCUAGCUAUUGCUGAACUCAAGACUCCUAGUGUUCUUCAUCCUGGGUGCAUUGCGUAGAAUAGUUUAGCAGCAUCUAGAAGAUGGGUAGAUGGAAUAAAUUGGGUACUGUUUCAUAUGGAGUAGCAAAAGGAAAAUAAAAGGGAGAGGGGUAUCCUAUUUUUAGGUGUCUAACCUGUUGGAAUUGUACCACACUGUAGUAAUUAAAUCUGAAUGCCAAAACAGUAGCAGUAGCCAGGAACCUAAUCAGAAUCAUGAUAUGCAACUAGGUCAUAGGCAGAAGUUGUCUUUCUGUAUUUGAAAAUAACUUGAUAGAGAUCUUCACAUCCAUAUUCAAGAAAUCAUGCAAUUGUGCAAGUUAUGCCUGUUACAGUAUCCUUUCCACAUGUGUAAGAAUGGAUACAGCCUUGCUAAGAGGUGACAAGCCUCUUUAAAGAUGGAUGACUUUCAUUUUACGCAUAGCAACAGAAGGAAAUUAGAAAAUAUCCAGUAAACAUCGGAGCUCAGAAGGUCUGCAGGAUUGGCUUUCGUUUAGAAAAGAUGCAUUUUCAAAAGCAUUAUCGUUUUGCUGCUGCAAAUAUUGCUGCUGUAUUUUCCCAGGAGAACAGGGGCGUUUGGAAAACAUCUACCUGGAUUCACAUAGUAUGUUCUUGUAGAUAAUACUGGUCCAUCCCCAACUUUGUCAGCCAUGGCUCUGUUUCAGCACUCUGUGUGUCUUGCAUCUCUCGUAUCUCUGUAUUUGCAAAUAAUUGCAAAAAAAUAAUAAUUGUGAGGUGCUCACUAAUGUUCUUUAACUAGACAUUUUCAUGCACCAGUCUUCCAAACAGUGAGAGCAUGUUGCAGUUUACAGUAUUUCUUAUCUCCAUGCCAUGCCAUCCAGCGUAACAUUGGAGAAUGGUAGAUAUUUUGUAAAAGGUGUUCUUACGAGACUAUCAAUUUCCUCUGUUUUUUCUUAACAUGUGACUUGAUUCUGGACUUUCUGGUUUCUUAAAAGUUUUAUCAUAAAAUGUUGCAUAGAAAUGAGAAUAUUUGUUUAAAGUAUUUGUAGAGUAAUCCUUUGCAACAAAAUGUGCUUUAUUUUGGGAGUUCAGAAGUUUUCAUAACAUCAAAAUCAUAUAUGUGCUUUUCUUUUAUCAAAUCGUAGAACUUGUCCGUAAUCCAAAGAAUGACAAAAAUUGUUAGGGGAUGUGUGUGCAUUAGAGCAGGGAGAGACACCGACCAUGUUCUGAUGACAUGCUUAUCAUGGUUUGUCUAGAACAUACCUUGCUGUACAUGAUUCUUAGCUGUGGCCAUCUCCACUUCAUCUGUGGUUGCUUUUGUCUUAUUAAGGAAUGUUUAAAAGUUCUGAUGUCAUCUGCUAGUAAGUUAUCUCUACUACUAACAACAAAACAUACUGAAAACAACUCUUCAGUUAUUUUUCAUACGGAUAAAUAAAAGGUGCUGGAAGAUGAUGCUAGGAUCUUUAAACCUUAAAUCAGCAAAAGUCUGUAUGGCGGAAACCAACAUGCAGAAUUAGACUUUAGCAAACAUGACCUGACAAACUCAGAAUGAAAAUGAAAUUUACUGGUAACUACUUAAGCACAAAGUCAUCUUAGAUCUCUUUAUUCAUCAUCUUUACCUCUUUUUGUGUUUGUGUCUCUGUGGGUGUGUGCCUUCAAGUCAGCUUUGAUUCCAGGCAGCUGCCUGGACAAAACCCCACAAUUUUCUUGGCAGCAUUUAACAACAACAACAAAAAUCCUUCUCACCCUUAUGGGUAGUAUUUGUCUUCCCCAAUCUUGGUCCUCUUCCAAAGGCCUGGGAGUUUGAAAGUUCUGUGCAAUAUCUUAGCUGUUUCUAGCACUGCACUCUUCUAGACAUCUGAUACUGUUCCUGGGAUAUGUUGGACCACUUUGGCCUUUACUUUCCACAUCUGUUCUAGUUCUUCCUUCAGGUGCUCCUUCUUCCUGAUGUUGCUGUCACUUGGCAUUACUACAUCUAUCACCACUGUUGUCUUUUGGUCCUUGUCUAUUACUAUGUUGUCUAGUUGAUUGACCAGUUCCUGCUUGUCUAGAUGUGGAAGUCCUACAGGAGUUUAACCCUUUUACUCUAUUUAUCCAUGAGUUUUUGUGAAAUCUCCCAUCUUGUCUUGAGAUGGUCUAGCCCUUGCACUGUGCAGAUGUUCCUACACACAAUGCCAGCUACUUGGUUAUGUCAUUCAGUAUAUGCUCUUCCAGUGUGCUUCUUACAUGUUGCCACUGUGUGUUGGACUGUCUCUGAGGCCUCUCUCAUAUAAACCACCUGCUUCUAUGGUUCUGUACCCUUAGAAGGGAACAGACUUUUCCACUAAUCAGUAGAAUAACACAAUUGGAUUCAAUUCAAAGAAUAUUAAUGUAACUAGUUUAGUGCAUAGAAAACCUGUAUAGCCAACUAUUUGAAAAAUCUACCUUAACUGAAGACAAUUACAAUUAGAUGGGUCCAUUGCACUAAGCCAAAAAUGUUGCUUGCAAA